UUCUUCGGUUGAUUACUAGUUCAACAUGGCUGAGGAAGAAGAAGUAGUGAAGUCAUUCAAAGAUCUUGGACUAUGUGAUCAGUUGUUAGAGGCCUGUGACAAUCUAGGUUGGAAACAGCCAUCCAAGAUACAGGUCGAAGCCAUUCCUCAUGGACUUGAAGGAAAGGACCUGAUCGGGCUUGCACAAACAGGAUCUGGUAAAACUGGAGCUUUUGCACUUCCUAUUCUCCAAGCCCUUUUGGAAAUUCCUCAAGCAUUCUUCGCUUGUGUUCUCUCCCCCACACGGGAACUUGCUAUCCAGAUUGCUGAACAGUUUGAAGCUUUAGGGUCUGGUAUCGGUUUAAAGUGUGCUGUGCUUGUUGGAGGGGUUGAUCAUGUGCAACAAAGCAUUGCCCUUGGGAAGCGGCCACAUAUUGUUGUGGCAACUCCUGGUCGCCUUGAGGAUCAUCUGUCCAAUACUAAAGGAUUUUCUCUUCGUACUUUGAAAUACUUGGUAUUAGAUGAAGCAGAUAGGUUGCUGAAUGAGGAUUUUGAGAAAGCAAUUGAUAAGAUUUUGGAAGCUAUUCCUCGCGAGCGGAAGACAUAUUUAUUCUCUGCUACUAUGACAAAAAAGGUGCGGAAGCUCCAGAGGGCUUGUCUGAGGAAUCCCGUCAAGAUUGAGGCCUCAUCUAAAUAUUCCACUGUUGAUACCCUAAAGCAACAAUAUCUUUUGGUGCCUUCAAUGCACAAGGAGUGCUAUCUCAUAUAUAUCCUGACUGAGAUGUCUACAAGUACAUCAAUGGUUUUCACUCGAACAUGUGAUUCAACAAGCCUUCUGGCUCUAAUGCUUCGAAACCUUGGUCUAAGAGCCAUACCAAUUAGUGGUCAAAUGAGCCAGGCCAAAAGACUUGGAGCCUUGAACAAGUUCAAAGCUAGGGAGUGUAAUAUCCUUGUGUGCACUGAUGUGGCCAGUAGAGGGCUUGAUAUUCCAAACGUUGAUUUGGUUAUCAAUUAUGAUAUCCCCUCAAAUUCAAAGGAUUACAUACAUCGAGUUGGAAGAACUGCUCGGGCAGGGCGAUCUGGUGUUGCAAUCUCAAUAGUCAGUCAGUACGAGUUCGAGUGGUAUUUGCAGAUAGAGAAUCUUAUGGGGAAGAAGCUGCCGUUGUUUCCAUCUCAAGAAGAAGAAGUUCUGCUGCUGUUAGAGCGCGUCUCAGAGGCGAGAAGAAUAUCCAUUAUGUAAGCAGUGGCAUAUUUUCAGCUGGAAAAGCACCAGUGAUCUUAAUAAGCUUAAGAAGAACUAUGCACCAUCUAGAGGAAGAGCUCGUAGGACUCAAGCAAGAGAAGAUCAAGCAGAGGGAGCAGCUUCGACCAUGGAGAGGUGAUUACAGAUGAUGGUGGGAGUAGACAUGGAAGCCUCAGAGUUGCCCCCACUGUAUGGUGUGUUGUAACCAAACUGAGCCUUGUGUCCCAAUCAAUUGGGGUCAGCUACAUGAAUCCUGUUUUUCUAUUGAGCUCUGUCUAGAGUACCUCUUCAUUUAGAUUUAGUAAGCCCAAGUCCUUUCGACUGUAGGGCGUGUCGUCAUCUCAUAAAAGCAUGUCCAAAAGUUUAUGUGGAAGCUGAAAUGUGCUGGGUUCUGCGCUCUAGUCCAAACAAGGAUGAUGGUUCAGGUUCCGAUAUCCAGAAUUCGAUAGUCAAAGCCAACUCGAGUGAUGGUUGGACCCAAGUUAGCCACAGAAAUGCAAGGAAAGAUGGGUUAGUUUCCUUAAUGAUCAUAAAGGAGUACUUGUUCCACUGGUUCACUGAGCGAGAGCACAAAAGCCUCCUUUAUAAGAAAUACCUAAAGAGCUGGAGUGCCUUGAGAGUGGCUUUUGUGUGCCUAAUUGUUUGUAUAGGUACUACUGUAACUGUAUACGUCUGUUUAAGUUUUAUGAUGACAUUUGUUGUAAAUAGUGGAUUAAAUAAAACCCAAUUGUUUGGUUAAUUAAUCGUAAGGAAAAAUGUUGUCA